AUGUUCUACAACCUGUACAUUUCACGGUAUCGCUGUCCUCAGAAUGUCGCCGUUUCUCCAGCUCCACCAAAUCGAAUCAUUCUAUCAGUCCAGAACCUUGACAUCGGAAUUACUGGUAAUCUUGGAGGUCAAAUAGUUUUUCUGUCGCCAAUUGGGCUCUUCGGGAUCAUACAGAUUAACCUCUUUCGGGUGUCGAUCAACGUGGAAAUCGCAAUCGAACGUGAAGUAAGUGGUCCAUAUGUCAGAUUGCUGUCAUGCAACCUACAAUUAGGAUAUGCUGAUGUUGGCAUCGAGAAGGGAGGCCGCAUCGGUGACCUCGUCAACUCGGCUGACUUCAGACAACUAAUCUCGCGAAAAGUACGAAAAAUGAUUCGUGGGCAAAUAUGCGGUAUGCUGCCGCCGAUUAUCAAAGAGACGGUGAACGGUCGUUUGGCCGAACUACCCCAAGCGAUCGCCGUCACUCAAAUGCUCAGCUUGUUCAGUGGCGCACUAGCCAGUAUCCAACCUGCAGCUCCAUCUCCUCAAUUCUGUCAGUCCCAAUGCGGAGAGUCAGCCCUACGUUUGCCUUCGUCGUCAAGUUCUUCCAGCGGCGUCUCCGCUGCAGCAGUUCAGGGAGCAGGACAAGCACCGCAGAUUCCUCAGAACGAACAACAUCCAGCAGCUCGAGCUCUCCAACAAAAGGUCUACAACACUAAUCAGACGAUAGUGCUAAACCAAAUUCAAACAAAAGCCGCUCCUCAUUCAGCUCCCAUCAUUCGUUCACCGCAACGUACUUAUUACGAGGGUGAUGCUCGCAGAGGGGUUCACCACGUCAUAGUUCGAAACAAGCGUCAAGCUCGAAACUAUCAAUUAGACCGCUUUGUCGUUCCGAGCGGAGUCCCCCAAAUUGUCCGACCUGGUCGUCAAGUCCGCGGUGUUUCCGAUGUCCAAGCUGGAGGCAAACGCGGACUGACAGAUGGAUCGAGACCAGUCUUAGAAGCGCCUCCACCUGUUCCUGGAGCUCCGCCCGCACAACUAGUACCACCCACUCCCGAGUUGUGUGCCAGAUGUCCACCUUCAUCUGGUUCAGGAACCCAGGACCCUAUGAGUCUCAUCAGACAACUGAUCGGCAGUCUCGAUAUGGUUGGUGAAUUUGCUGAUUAG